UAAGAGAGUUUUUUGUUUUUCCAACUGCUACCCUUGUUCCUCCAUCUUCAUCUUAAUCUUCUUCAGACAGAUCUCUUCUCAACCACAUUACUUCUGGUUUCUCCAACCAUGAGGAAAGGGAGAGGUUCCUCCGCCGUUCCACCCGCUCUUCCGGUAACCGCCAACGGAUCCGUGAAGGAGCCGAGGUAUAGAGGCGUUAGGAAGAGACCAUGGGGCCGAUUCGCCGCAGAGAUCCGCGAUCCGUUAAAGAAAUCCCGAGUCUGGCUCGGCACGUUCGACUCCGCAGUGGAAGCUGCACGCGCCUACGAUCAAGCCGCUCGUAACCUCCGUGGUCCCAAGGCCAAAACCAAUUUUCCGAUCGACUGCUCUCCGUCUUCCCCUCUCCAACCACUCUAUCACCAGAACCAUCAGAAUCUUCGAUCGGCGAAUCAGAGCCAGAUCGAUCCGUUCAUGGACCAUCGGUUAUACGGCGGAGGAGGCGAGCAGCAGAUUAUCAGCCGCCCGGCGAGCAGCAGCAUGAGCAGCACCGUGAAAUCGUUCAGCGGGCAGAGGCCGUCUUCUUCCGUGGCGAAGCCGUUAGCCGCGGCGAAGAGGUAUCCGCGGACUCCGCCGGUGGCUCCGGAGGAUUGCCACAGCGACUGCGAUUCGUCGUCGUCGGUGAUUGAUGAUGGAGACGACAUCGUUUCGUCGUCUACGAGAAGGAAACCGCCGUUUCAGUUUGAUCUUAAUUUUCCGCCGUUGGAUGGCGUUGACUUAUUCGAUGAUGAUCUCCACUGCACCGAUCUGCGUCUUUGAUUUGUGGGUAUUAAGAAAAAAAAAAAGAUCCUUGAUUUACAAAAAAAAAAGAAAUCUCAAAUUUUUAAUUUUCCUUUGGUCUUAUAUUGAAAGGAAAUUAAAAGAAGGAAUUAAAAAGAAAGUGAGGGCGAUGAUGAUUAUCAUCGUUGUGAAUCACAAUGACAAUGAAGAUGAUGACGAUAUAUAAAAAAAGAGAGAUUGUGUGUAAGAUCUGUUACUGUAAGAAUCAGAUCUAUGUUUCAUUUGUCUGUUUCUUAUAAAGAUCAACCCUUUGUUACUUGUAACAUUCUAUAGCUGAUGAUGAUUCUUAAUGAUUCAAAUAGAUUAUCCUUGAUAUGCUUA